CACAGGUUCACCGACCGGCCACAGCAUCGCUGACCAGCCACAUAUCAGUGAUCAGGCACAGCUUCACAGACCAGCUACAGCUUUUCUAACCAGCCACAUCUUCACUGACCAGCAACAGCCUCGCUGACCAACAGCCUCACUGACCUGCCACAGCCUCACUGACCAGCCACCGCUUCACUGACCAGCAACAGCCUUACUGACCAGCAACAGCCUUACUGAGCAGCCACAGCUUCACUGACCCGCCACCCCUUCAAAGACCAGCCACAAUUUCACUGAACUGCCACCGCUUUACUGACCAGCCACAGCUUCACCGAACUGCCACAUCUUUACUGACCAGCAACAGCCUUACUGACCAGCCACAACCUCAUUGACCAGCCAUAGAUUCACUGACCUGCCAUUGCCUAAAGACCAGCAACAGCAUCACCGACCAGCCACAACCUCACUGACCAGCCUCAGCUUCACUGACCAGCCACAACCUCACCAACCAGCAACAGCCUCACUGACCUGCCUCAGCCUCUCCGACCAGUCACAGCCUCACCGACCAGCCACAGCUUUACUGACCACAGGAUAUUCCUGGAAGAGCAAUACAUCACUGAAAACCUGAGGGAACACAAUGGCUGAUUACCAGGCUGGUAGAAAGACCGAUCUUCAUUUCAAGAUCCAAUACUCUACAUUUUUCUGUUCUCUUUUCUUUUUUUACCACCUGAAGUAUUUAUUUAAGGUUCUGAUGGCUCCUAACGCCACUGGCCACAUCUAAAGCAAAUCAAUGGAAGAAGACCACGUCAAACUUUAAUAUGAGAACCCAACAACCAAGUUAAACUAACAAAAUGGUGCCAGCUGAGGACAACAUCACUGGUGUGCCAAUUUUGGACGGCUGUUUGAACUGCAGCCUUCCAUCGUUGUACCCUAUAAACCUUCCGAAGGCUGUAGCCAUGGGUCUGGUGUUCACGCUCUUCGUCAUUUUCGGUGUGAUGGGCAACAUCCUGGUUAUCUUGUCCGUGGCGUGCCAUCGUCACCUGCGUUCGGUCACCCAUUACUUUAUUGCAAACCUGGCCAUGGCCGACCUCCUGCUGAGCUCGACGGUGCUGCCGUUCUCCGCCUCCUCCGAGCUGCUGGGCCGCUGGGUGUUCGGCCGGACGCUGUGUUGCGCCUGGACGGCGCUGGACGUCCUCUGCUGCACGGCGUCCAUCCUCAGCCUCUCGGUUAUCUCCAUAGACCGCUGCGUAGCGGUCAGCUACCCGCUACGAUACCCCUCUCUGGCCACCAGUGGGCGAGGGUUGGGUGCAGUCGCGGCAGUUUGGGGUUUAUCGGCUGCUAUCUCAGUUGGACCUUUGUUCGGCUGGAGGGAGCCGAUGCCGGAGGACGAGUCGGUUUGUAGGGUUAAUGAAGACCCGGGAUACGCCAUCUUCUCGGCUGCAUGCUCCUUUUACGUCCCCUUGACUGUAAUCCUGGUCAUGUACUGUAGGGUGUAUGUUGUGGCUCGGAGGAAGAGCCGGAGUCUUCGGGAAGGGAGGCAGCUGGAUGGAGGAUCUCUAAGAAUCCACUGUGGGAAUACCCAGCGAUGCUCAGACCAUAGGGAUGGACACAAUACAGUUGUGGGUAAAUGUCGCUCCCACUUUUCUCUGCUGAGGCUGCUGAAGUUCUCCCGUGAGAAGAAAGCAGCGAAGACCCUGGGCGUGGUCGUGGGAUGCUUCAUCCUCUGCUGGCUCCCGUUCUUUCUUGUGUUGCCCAUUAGUUCCAUCUUCCCGUCUCACCGGCCCCCGGAGACCGUGUUCAAAAUCACCUUCUGGCUGGGUUACUUCAACAGCUGCCUCAACCCCAUCAUCUACCCCUGCUUCAGCCAGGAGUUCAAGAAAGCCUUCCAGAACCUUCUGAGGGGUCACUGCUUUCACAGAGCCGCCAGACCCUGGAGCCCUCGGCCUCGGGGUUCUCUUACCCCACCGUGCUCUCAGACUGCCCCAAACUCCAGCUCUGUUACCCCGUCGGCCCCUAACGAGGGUUCGGGGGGAGGGGGAGGACCUCCUGUAGCCCUGGUGACGGGAUCGCAUGGUAAAAGCCUUCUGAAGGUCUGCUGCUUCAAUGCGAAUUAUAGGGUGAACUCGACAGUGACCGCGACGUGUCUACAGCUGUCUCACGGCACUGCCUCUGGUUCUGCCUCUGCCUCUGGUUCUGCCUCAGUCUCGCCCAAGACUCACCAGGUCGUUAGCAUGAAGGGAGGGAAGGCUGUGUAGAAGUUUUGUUGGAACAUUUCCAAAAAAAAAAAACAUUGAUUUUGGACAGAACUGAAGAAAAACAUCUAGCUAAUGCUAAUGAUAAUGCUAAUAAGUAAGUAGGAAAACUAGUGAACACUAGAGGAAUUGACACCCUCUUUUUUGAUUAGGUCAGCAAUCAAGUAUCAAGUCUUCUGAUUCUUCUGAUGAAUAAUUGAGUAAUAAAGUGCUUUUUAUGUCAAACUCCAAACUCUAAAAGCAGAAUAAUUGAAUAAAAAAGAACUGCACUAAACAUGAAAAGUCUCCAGUUUGUAAAUUGUUAUUAUGUCACAUGUUUUUAAACUGUUUAUUGAACAUUUUAGAAAUCUAUAACUUAUUGCUCAAUUACUGUAUGUAAGAUACCACGUCUCACGGCACUGUCUCUGAUUCUGGUUCUGCCUCUGGUUCUGCCUCAGUCUCGCCCAAGACCCACCAGGUCGUGAGCAUGAAGGGAGGGAAGGCUGUGCAGAAGU